UUGCGUCCUCCCUUUCAUGGCUUCCGGUAAAUCGACGCCGGAAGCAAAGGGUGAAGGGCCCGAUUCAGCGCCAAUAUCGCCGUCGGCUUGCAGUCCACUGGAGAUCCGUCAGACCGUGGCAGAUGGCGAUGACAAAAUGCCAGUGCUCACUUAUGGAACUGCAAUGGCGAAUGGCCGGGGAGAGGAACAGCAAAGGGAAAGGACGCAGUGGAAUCCAGACGCGCCAGAGGGCAAGAAGCUCCGGCAACUGUCCUCGCUGUCGUUUGCUGAUAUCGUCGAGCCUCUGAGAGUCUACCAAGUUUGGCCGGGGAAAAAUGUGUUCUUCUUUGGAGGGCGUUUGGUGUGUGGUCCGGACCCAAGGGGCUUCAUCCUCACCAGCGUUGCCAUCAGUUUCUCGAACUGGGUUUUCUGUGCCUAUGUUGGAGAUGGCCUUGUCUUCACAUUUUCUAUCGUAUUAACAAUACUUGUGCUUGUUAGCCUGAUUGCAGUCACUGGCAGUGAUCCGGGGAUAGUUCCCCGGAAUGAGGAGGCCCCAUUAGAAGAAGAUGUUUCAAGAAGCAAGAGAAUUAGCGUCAACGGCGUCCAAGUAAAGAGGAAGUACUGCCGCAUCUGCAAAUUGUUCCGGCCACCAAGGAGUUGUCACUGUGCCAUUUGCGACAACUGCGUCGAGAGAUUCGACCACCACUGCAUAUGGAUCGGCCAGUGCAUCGGACAACACAAUUACAGGUUCUAUGUGAUUUUCAUAUCAAUUACCUUCAUUUUCUAUGCCUACAUUUUCUCAUUCUCAUGGUGGGCAAUCAAACGGAAGAUGUCGGAAUCAGGCGUCGGCGUCUUUGACGUGAUGGGUCAUGCACCGGAGAUCAUGGUCUUGACCUUGUUCAGCUUCAUCGCAAUAUGGUUCCUUGGUGGUCUGACCAGCUUCCACAUUUACCUAAUCUCAAUUAACCAGACAUCGUACGAGAAUUUCAGAGGACGAUAUGUAGGCACCACCAACCCUUACCAUAAAGGAGUGCUGAACAACAUUAGAGAGAUACUGUUUUACAAAUUGCCCUCUCGGAAGGCUAAUUUCAGGGCUGAGGUUCAGCCAGGGUGGUUUCCGGCCGACUCGUCGCCGAAGGAGAUGCCUGAGAAUGGUUUCCCAGGUGAGAAGGGCGGCGGAUUUGAUGAGGUAGGGAAGCAGGAGAUGAAGAGCGAUGAUGCUUGGCGAAUUAGGACCCCCUCGGAUGCAGGGUCUAGCAGCGUGCAUUUUGAGGACGUCGAUUUGGAUUUCAAGCCUUAACUUGGAAAU